GGCACCUGCUUACCACUUGCAGUAUUAUGAUGGAGAGACGGUGUCAGUGUUAUCAAUAUUCUUUGUUAAACCUGGAUAAUCUCCUGUGAGUUUCUCAAUAUCUCUGGACUGACUCAUUUUGAGUCAAAGAUGCAUGAUGGAGAGGAAAGUCAGCCACUGCCCACAUGGAAGACAUACCUAUAUACCCUUCAGCAAGAAGCUCCUAAACCACGUCGGAUAAUCUGCCAGAAAGAGGUACCCAACAGACCAACCUUCUAUGGGAAAGAAUUCCAUGGCAACGUGAGCCGUGAUGAGGCAGACCGGUUGUUGAGUGAUGGAGAUGGCUGUUACCUCGUCCGCAAGAGUGAGCGCGCUCCCGACGCCUUCACACUGGCAAUCAGGUUUAAUGGUGAAACAAAGAACUUCAAACUGUAUUAUGAUGGCAAGCAUUUUGUGGGUGAGAAGCGGUUUGACACUGUGCACUCCCUCGUGGAGGACGGAUUGAUCCACUUCUACAUUGAGCUGCGUGCGGCUGACUACAUAUCAGCACUCUCUAAUGAGUCAAACUACGAAGAGUCACCAUACCUCGCAUACAGCUACAAGAAGAAGCGGCUGAAGACUCGCUCCCGGCCAGCAUCGUCACGGCGACUAGACUACACCGAUGAUGAGGUCACUUCGUCCGAUGUGGAUGUACCGGACACUGUUGUGGAAGAGGCAGAAGGGGAUGAGGGAGACGAGGAUGACGAUGACCUCCCCCCAGACUGGAAGCAUUACGAGAAGCAGCAUUGCUUUAAGCUUCAAAACUUCAUGGGCCUUCACUGGUGUGACUUCUGCGCCAACUUCAUGUGGGGCCUCAUCGCAGGGUUAAAUGGGGUUAAAUGUCAAGACUGUGGGUUUGAAGCUCACAAGAAGUGCUCAGAGAAGGUGCCUAAUGACUGCAUGCCCGACAUGAAGUAUGUUAAACGGAUCUAUGGCGCCGACCUGACAACCGUGGUGCUGGCUCAGAAGACCGGCAUCCCACAUGUGGUGGAGAAGUGUGUGAAGGAGAUAGAGACCAGAGGUUUGGAGUCGGAAGGGUUGUACCGAAUAGCUGGUUUCCAUGAUGAUGUGGAGGCGAUCAGGAUGUCAUUUGAUAAAGAUGGUGAGAACGCAGAUAUCAGUGUUUCUCGUUACGAUGACAUCAACACGGUCACGAGUGCCCUCAAGCUAUUCUUCCGACUCCUCCCAAUACCUCUCAUCACAUUUGAUGUUUACAAAACAGUCAUAGAAGCAGCCAAGAAGGAGGAGAGUGAUGUUAACGAGCAGGUAAAGAUGCUGAAGGAAGCCAUGGCCAGCCUGCCUGCGGCCCACUUCCAGACGCUCAAGUACCUCAUAAUGCAUCUGGUCAGAGUGACGGACCACAAGAGCAAGAACAUGAUGGGUGCGGAGAACCUGUCCAUCGUGUUUGCACCCACACUGAUGCGUCCCUUGGAGACAGACCCCAUGGUCAGCCUGAUGGCUGCCAAGUUCGAGCAGAAGGUCAUUGAAUUGAUCAUAGUCCACCACAAGGAAGUGUUUGGAAAGUGAUUUGUGGGAUGCUUCAUUGGGCUUUGAGAUGCUUCACAGAGCUGUGAGAUGCUUCACCGAAUUUGUUGGUGCUUGGAGUCUAACUCUGAAAUAUAGAAAUUACGUAUCAAUAUUUUAAUCGAAUGCCGACUAAUAUUUGUCAUUUUUGGAAAAUCAGGAAGUCUCGCAAUAGUAACUGAAUGUUCUGUGCCCAGGCUAUGUAGAAAGACUGCCCAUUACAGGGAAGAGUUGUUCACCAUCUCUCUCCUGACACUACAGGGUACGAGUCUAUGCUGAACAUUCUGAAGCUGAUGCCAUGGCUUGGUCACUGGGUAGAUAACACCUAACAAUAGGAAAACCUUCUUCCCAACAAACUGUACUUCAAGCUUGAUCGUAAUUGAACUAGGUGUGAGUCAUGUUGGUCACAGUUGAGCUUGUACCUUGAAAGAGAUCUUACCUUGACUCUUAAAACACAGUGGGCAUCAUGCAUUAUGAUUUGGAGGCCUAGAAGACGAUGUUGUUAAUGAGCAGCCUACAUGCUGUAGUUUUGCCUUACAGAUCACAUUGUGAGGCAGUUGGUGCUCAGUAAAUGAUGUGUUAGCUUCAUACACACCUUGUUUGACUUAAGCUGUACAGUAGUAACUUUGUCUCAUGCUCUUUCUUUAAUACUCAAGCAUGUUAAAGGCUUCACUCAUGCAUUACAGCCUUUCAUGAAGUUCUUACAGAGCAGAUAUGUAAUACAAAUGGUGAUUGAUCUCUACAUAAAUUUAAACUUUUAAUCAAGAAAUCUAUUUUCAUAGAAUCUUUUAUCAUUUGAAAAACCACAAUAUUUCAUUUUGUCAUAGUGUCUGUAAAACCAGUAUAAUUGUAACUAUUAUCACUGCUUUAUUCUGAGCAUCUGUCCGAGCAGCUGGUAUGUGAUGAUGGAUAGUUGAAAGGAUGAAGCUACUGGGCUGAUGUAUUGGCUGUUACGAUAGACCCUCUAGUAUUGUCCCUCUCCAGCAUUGUGUUUAUUCUUGGAACUUCUAGUGCAUUUUACAUGUUUUAAGAAUUAUUUUCAUUUGUUCUUGUUUGUUAUUUGAUAACACUUUAUCGUAGUACAUUUAAUGUAAAACUUAAUCCUAUUUUUUUUAUCAUAUAUGCUGAAUUAUUUUCCAUUUUAAAUAAUUCACAAUACAUCACUUCCUUGGGGCCAACAUACCACUGGCUCAAUCCAUCAUGUUUAUGUAAUUUGAAUCCAAAGUUUUCUUUGCUGGGGUGUUUUCCUUCAUGUGAAAGCUUGGGUUUGUACUAUGAGGAGCUGAGAUAAAACUUUCUGUAUCAAUUUUGUGAUCAGCUACAUUUGAGUGACUAGACAUUCAUGCUUUAAUGGGUGUUUACUAUUUAUUGACAAGUUCAUGAAAAUACUAAUAUAUGAAAGAUUAUUUAUGCUGUGCAUCACCUAGGCCAUGUCUCUAGAGAUGAGGUCCUGGCUUGAUUAUUUACAGACCGCUACCAUAUAGCUGGAAUAUUGCUGAGUGCUGCGUUAAACAAACAAUCAAUCAAUCAAUCUAAAAAUGAGGUUGAAACACAUUAAUUCCCUCCUUCAUAUGGCCUGCUGCCUGUAGAAUUCCAGCUUUUAAUUACUGGGUCAGCCUGAUGGAAUUGGAAAUGUAGGUACUAUAUAUUUUUCAAACCAGCUGGUUGCUUGUCUCAAAGAGCAGCU